AUGAGUUCUUCAACUUAUUAUCAUCGAUCUCCGUUCAGACAAUCCCUGGCGAUCGAACCGGAGCCACUUCGAUUCUCCGACGACGAUCCCCUUCUAGAAGCUUCUUCAGUCGUCGGCUUGCUGCAGAAAGUCAAUAUCAAAGCCAUACCCGAACGCCCUGCAAUCUCGGCUUCGGAAUCCGCAUCUCCGUUCACAGUCCUCCUCAAACUAAAGGCGCCGCCGCUAUCAUCGGAAGCCCGAUCCUCUCAGCGGGCCCCGAUCGACCUUGUCACGGUUCUUGAUGUUAGCGGCAGCAUGUAUGGGAAAAAGCUGAACCUCCUAAAGCGGGCCGUACAUUUCGUGAUCGAUAACUUGGGCCCUUCCGACAGGCUGUCGAUAGUAUCUUUCUCGAACCAAGCUCGGAGAAUAUUCCGUUUGACCAGGAUGACGGAAACCGGCCGUUGCGACGCUAAGCUCGCCGUUGAUUCCCUCUCGGUUGACGGCGGCACCAAUAUAGUCGAGGGCCUGAGGAAGGGAUCGCAGGUUCUUGGAGAACGGCGUUACAAGAAUCCGGUCACGAGCAUUAUAUUCUUGUCCGACGGAAACGACACCUGCAACGGCGGCGGCGGCGGGUAUAUUCGGCGGAACUCGACGAACUUCAGACGGGAUCCUCCGGGGUACCUAAACCUAUUGCCGCCGUCUAUUUACCCCGGAGAUGGUGCUCGUGGAGCGGAAGAGAUGGAAACAAUUCCGGUCCAUUCGUUCGGUUUCGGGUCGGACCACGAUCCGGUUACCAUGCACGCGAUUUCCGAUGCGUCGGGCGGUACUUUCUCCUUCAUCGAGUCGUACGAGAUGGUGCAGGACGCUUUCGCGAGCUGCAUUGGCGGUUUACUGAGCGUGGUGACUCAGGGGCUCCGUUUGACGCUGAGGUCAGCGUCGCACGGUGUGGAGAUCGAAUCGAUACCUUCCGGAAGGUACGCGAGCGAGAUCACCGAUCAAGGAUCGCAAGGCGUAAUCAGCAUUGGCGACCUCUACGCGGACGAGGAGAAAGAAUUCCUCAUCAACUUAUCUGUCCCGGCACUUCCGAAUUCCGAUGAAACCGAGAGAAAGACGUCGCUAUUGGACAUCGUGUGUUCUUACAGGGACGUCGUCUCGAAAGAGACGGUGGAAAUAGAGUGUGAUCUGAUCGAGAUACGACGGUUAAUGACCAUUUCGCCCUCGGAUAUGACGGUGAAUUUGGAGGUGGAUAGGCAGAGGAAUCGGCUCCGUGCGGCGGAGAGUAUAGCGGAGGCUCAAAAAAUGGCGGAAACGGGAGAUCUAUAUGGGGCAAGGAGUGUACUAGCGAAGGGUAGAACGGUCAUUCUUGGUUCUGCUUCGGCUCAAGCAGGGGAUGAGUUCGGUGCGUGGCUCGGAGAUGAUAUGAUGGAGACCGAGAGAAGAAUGGGGAGUGCGCAGCUAUAUGAACGAGAGGGACGAGCUUAUGCGCUCUCGGGAAUGAGUUCGCAUCGUACGCAAAGGGCGACGACGAAAGGGAAAUUGGUGGCCGGAGCGGCACCCCCCGCCGAGAACUUUAGCUUCGGCGGUGUUGCGGCUCUUCAGUCUGCUCCUGCUUUUGGUUUCGAUCCGUAUGCAACUCCGAAUAUGGCUAAUAUGGUUUUCAAGUCUCAACAACUUAGCCUGUCGGACGAUACUACUACUACAAAGGGAAAAUAG